UGGAGCGCAUCGGGGGAAAGUUUGGCACCCCUCAAAGGGAUGUCGGAUAAGAGUGGGCGAGGUGCCUGAGGGCUCUUUAGCUCUCCCAGGUCUGGGGCACAGGCUGCCCGGACCUGAGGCGGUGUGCAGCCAUGGACCAUGCAAUUGACCCAGCUCAGGGCAGUGCCCCGCCUGAGGAUGGAGAACAGCCCGGAGGGUCCCCCGAGCCGCGGCCACCAUGGCCUCCGCCGCUGCCCGCUCCACCAACGGUUCCUCCGCCACCCGCUCCUCCACCGCUCCCUGAGCCUUCGCCAAUACCGGUACCAGAGCCUGCUCCAGGACCUUGUCUGGAAGCGACUCCAGAAACAGCCACAGAACUAGACGCAGAACCUGCCCCAGAGCCGGCCCUAGAGCCAGCCCGGGAGCCAGACACAGAACUUGCCCCAGAGCCGGCCCCCGGGCGGGCUUCAGAGUCCGCAACGGAGCCGGACUCAGAACUUGCCCCAGAGCCAGCCACAGGCUCGGUCCUAGAACCAGCCCUAGGGCCGGCUCUAAAACCUUACCUAGACUCGACCCCAGACUCUUUCUCAGAACAGGUCCCAGAAUCGACCUCAGAACCUGCUUCACGUCAGGCUCCAGACUUGACCACAGAGCCGCCCCCAGAACCUGCCAACGAGCAGGCCCUAGAGUUGUGCUCUGAGCCAGCUCCAAGGUCUUGUUCGAAGCCGAGUCCAGCACCAUGUCUAAUGCAGUGUCCGGUGGUCCCCGGAGAGGGAGGUAUAAAGAUCUCGCCACUGCCAUCACCCCGAACGCCAAUGACAUGGUCCAGAAUAAAGAAAAUACUAAAAGAAGGACCUCUGUUAAAGAACUGCAGCUCCUUGAAGAGAUGGAAGCUUAGAUAUUUUCUGGUUCAAGGACAAAAACUCCACUUUGCACACCAUCCUUCGUUUGUACACUUUGAAACAAUUGACCUGUCUCAGGUGGCCUUGGCAGAAAGCAGCUGUAGAAAUCUUUAUCACGGCUUUUCUGUUAUCACACCACAACAUAAAGUCACCUUGGCUGCACCCAACCGGAAAGACAUGGAAGAAUGGAUUAAUGUCAUAAAAACUGUCCAACAGGGAGAAGUCCGUAAGAUACCUGCAGCAGAAAACAACCCUUUCCUCAUUGGAAUGCAUUACUGGUAUUCCAGCCACAGUUCCAGAAUUCAGUUCUGCAAUGUCUGUCGAGAGAGCAUUCCUGCCUUAUCUCGAGAUGCCAUCAUCUGUGAAGUAUGCAAAGUGAAAUCUCACAGAUUAUGUGCUUUGAGAGCAAGCAAAGACUGCAAAUGGAAUACCUUGUCCAUCACUGAUGACCUCCUUCUGCCUGCUGAUGAAAUACAAACAAUGCCUCAUCAGUGGGUAGAAGGAAACAUACCUGCAAGCUCUCAAUGUGCAGUAUGUCAUGAAAGCUGUGGUAGUUAUCGAAGACUGCAAGAUUUCCGCUGUCUCUGGUGCAGUUCUACGGUGCAUAACGGCUGCCAGAGACGGUUUUCCAAGGAAUGUUGCUUCGGGAGUCAUCGCUCAUCAAUCGUUCCUCCCACUGCAUUGAGCGAUCCCAAAGGCAAUGGCCAACUAGUAGUAUCAUCAGACUACUGGAAUCUUGAUUGGUCAUCUGCCUGUUCAUGUCCCUUGCUUAUCUUCAUAAACUCCAAGAGUGGCGAUCAUCAAGGGAUCGUCUUCCUCCGAAAAUUCAAGCAAUACCUUAAUCCGUCUCAAGUGUUUGACCUAUCAAAAAGUGGACCUGAAGCAGGCCUGUGUAUGUUCAAGAACUUUGCUCGUUUUCGUGUUUUGGUUUGUGGUGGAGAUGGCAGUGUGAGCUGGGUCUUAUCUACAAUUGACACUUUUGGAUUGCAUGAACGGUGUCAGCUUGCUGUUAUCCCACUUGGAACUGGCAAUGAUCUGUCCCGUGUCCUUGGCUGGGGUGCAUUCUGGAACAAAAGCAAGUCACCGCUGGACAUUCUCAAUAGAGUAGAGAAAGCUCAUGUGAGGAUUCUAGACAGAUGGAGUGUGAUGAUACGUGAGACUCCUAGGCAAUUCCCACUGCUAAAAGGACAGGUUGAAAUGGACAUACCAGGAUUUGAGUCUGCAGCUAUCCAUCACUUAGAGACUGCAACCACCGAAUUGAACAAAAUCCUGAAAGCCAAGUGCCCAAUGGAGAUAAUUAUUGCCACUAGAUUUCUGUGCUCAGCAGUAGAAGAUUUUGUGGCUGAUAUUGUAAAGGCCUGGAGUAGGAUAAAACAGAACAAUACAACAGUAGAGUCUGUGAUUUUGAAAAGUGACUUAAUGUAUGAUAAGCUCAGUGUCCUGAUUGAUGUCUUGACUGAGGAGGCAGAAGCUACCUCUGCUGAGACAGGUGCUGCAGUACAUGCACACAGUGAUAAAGAAGAAGGAAAGCCCUUCGCCCCUCAGCUAGACCACAUAGCCAAGUCCAAAUUAGAGCUGGUCACAAGGGCCCAGAAUCUCCAGAAAUCAUUGAAACUCAUCAUAUUCCAGGUUGAACAAGUUCUGGAUGAGGAGAGCAGACAGACAAUAUCAGUCAAGAACUUUAUGUCAUCUUUCUUCCUGGGAGAUGAUGACUCAGAGGAUUUUGACCAGGCGAGCCCAAGACAUCGUUCUCAUUGUGGCACUUGGUCUUCUAUGCCUUCUCUCAAAAGUGAAGACUUAGAUAAUCUUGACUUGAAACACUUAUACUUUACGCCUGAAGCAAUAUGCUUCAAAGAAAAAUGUGUUAUGAACAACUACUUUGGAAUUGGGCUAGAUGCUAAAAUUUCUCUGGACUUCAACACUAGAAGAGAAGAACACCCAGGACAAUACAAUAGCCGCCUUAAGAACAAAAUAUGGUAUGGCCUACUGGGAAGUAAGGAACUUUUGCAGCGUUCAUACAGGAAACUGGAAGAACGAGUGCAUCUGGAGUGUGAUGGAGAAGUCAUCUCCUUGCCAAACCUGCAAGGCAUUGUAGUACUCAACAUUACCAGCUAUGCCGGAGGUGUAAAUUUCUGGGGAAGCAAUACAGCGACCACAAAAUAUGAGGCUCCUGCAAUUGAUGAUGGGAAGCUGGAAGUAGUGGCAAUCUUUGGUUCUGUGCAGAUGGCCAUGUCUCGUAUUGUCAACCUUCAUCAUCAUCGCAUUGCUCAGUGCCAGGAAGUGAUGAUAACCAUUGAUGGUGAAGAAGGUAUCCCAGUGCAGGUGGAUGGGGAGGCCUGGGUUCAAAGGCCAGGCCUUAUCAAGAUUAGAUACAAGAAUGGUGCUCAGAUGCUAAUGAGAGAUCGGGACUUUGAGAACUCAAUGAAAAUGUGGCAAUGUAAGCAUAAUGAAAUUCAAGCUGCCCUUCAACCCCAACUGGACUCCCAGGAAUCACAAGAUAGCCUCUCUGACAAGGAGUUUGUCCAGAUGCAGCACUUAGCUCGGCUUGCAGAAAACCUCAUUAGCAGACUCCAUGACCUGAGCAAGGUCCACCAGCAUGUGUCUGUCCUCAUGGAUUCUGUGAAUGCUAGUGCUAAUAUCCUGAAUGACAUGUUUUAUGGCCAAGACAGUGGCAAUGAGGCAGGCGCUGCUUCCUGUACUCUCAUUGAGACCCUAAGCAGAAAUGACGCAGUAGAUGUUACAUUUAGUCUUAAAGGGCUCUACGAUGACACCAAAGCUUUCCUGGAUGAAAACUUGUUGAGAAAUUCUGAAGAUGAAGCUGCACUACAAACUGCCCUGGAUGCCAUGAAUCAUGAGAUUGAAAAACUGCUGGCGAUUGACUGGAUGAAUCUAAUCUUUGUUCCAGUGGAAAAAUCUUCAGACACUGACAGCAGAAGUCACAGGCUGAAAGUUAAUUUCCCCAAAUUAGGGAAAAAAAUGCGAGAAGAGGAAGAAAAACCUAAAUCAAGUCGAAGAUUUCAUGGUUUUCUAGGUAAUUUGUGGCAUCACAGAAACCAUAAAGGUGAAGCAAUAGGUGAUGAUCCUCCAACACCAACAAAUUCUCAACUGUAGUCCUUGAAACCGGGAAGAACUCACACCAUUAGAAUUCUACUGAAAUUCUCAAAACCUCAAUCAAGGCUGAACUAAAUGAUUUCAGAACAAACAUGAGCACCAUCAAGAAAGACCCUACAAUUCUUUAUUCUAAUAAUUUUCC